AAAGAUUGUGGAGUUGGGAGAAGCAGAAAGGCAUUGCCACCACAAAUUCUCUCAACCUUCAAUUAUCUCCACCUCAUGUUCCCGACCAGCGUCCAUGGCCGGCACAUGCACCUCCUUCUCUCGCCAUCUCAUCCAAUCCACCGUCUCCGACCUCGCCAGAACAAUUCGCACCGCCGCCCCCUUUCAUCUUCCUCGAUUCUCCGCCAAGAUCGCCCUUUCCUCCUCCAACGACCUCGCUCAAGGCCCCUCUUGCAUCUUCGUCGGCCCCAUCGACACCGCCAGUCAAGAAACCCUUGAAGCUCUCUAUCUUCAGGCUAGGGAUGCAUAUUAUAAUGGUCAACCGUUGAUCCUUGAUGAUAUGUUCGAUAGAGUCGAGUUGAAAUUGAGGCGGUAUGGUUCCAAAUCCGUGGUCAAAUAUCCUCGUUGUAGUCUUCGACGGCAAUUGACGUAUGCGGAUGCUGAGGAGGAUCUAUCACAGGUUCUUGCAUUAGCAGGCAUAUGGUUGGUGUUCCUCGCACUUGGCUGUUCAGCAUGUCUUGUUCCCUUAAUCUGCACGGCUGUCUUAGUUUUCAAGGAUCCACUCAGUUUAGGACUUUCCUAUAACAGCCAAGGAUCUGCAUUUCAAUUUCUUUCAGCUAUAAAUGCCAUCCUCUUCAUCGGAUUUGGGUCUCUGAUUGGCUACCCAAUUGCUUCAGCUUCUGUGGGAGUACUUCAGGGCUUAUGGAGAAAUGAUUUGGUGGCACUAAAAGGAGCUUGCCCAAAUUGUGGAGAAGAAGUGUUUGCAUUUGUGAGAUCGGAUCAUACGAAUGUCUCUCCUCAUAGAUCAGACUGUCAUGUAUGCGAAUGCUUGUUGGAAUUCCGUGUCAAGUUCGAGAAAUCGAGUUCGAGACUAGGUCGACGAUGGGUUUAUGGGCGUGUCUACCUUGUAAGAGGUAAAAGCAGGCAACAAAGAUUGCUGUAGGAGCAACUUGUCUAUAUGCAGUGCCAUGAUUCUUUUUCAGUCUUAAUUUGCUUGCAAUGAGGUCUUGUAGUUAGUUGUACCAUUACAGACAUAGCGCCUGCUAGGUGAUUACAAUUCAAGUUAGCUGCUGCCUGUAGUUUUGAUAAUCUAGCUAAGUUUAUGAAAACCUUAGCCCAUGAUGUCUAUGGAUCCAACAAUUUAGCCAGUUUGAGAAUCGGCAAGUAACCAUUCUGAUGCUGCAAUUGAGUAUUCACUUUGGUCGAUUUCCUAUCCUUCAUGCCAACUGAUCUGGGAUCGAAAUUUUGGGGGCAAAUUCGAGAUACCCUGUGGAGAGUAUGCUGAGAAGAUGGCAAGGAUUUUGAGAAUCGUUGGAGUGUAACCAUGUCAAGUCUAAAAGAUAAGCUCAUGAAGGAGGUCGUAGGACAUCUUGGGCAAGUAUGUCUAUAUUAGGUGACCAAAGAGACCACGUCAGAAGCCCACGAGAUGAACACCAAGCUAGACAUGCUCAAUCGAGCUUAAAUGAAAUUUAUGCUCGAAGUCAAUAGGAAAUGUCACUUUUCAUUUACUAUAAAGUAGUGUUGUAAUUUCGUUGUGAAAUUUCUCUCAGUGUUCUUUUUUAA